UUUGCACAUUUUAAUGUUUCAGGUCAAUGUUUAGCUGGUUUCUCCAAACUUGGUUGAAGCCUUUAUGUUCAGGAGUCUGAAUCUAUAUUUGCUGUGGCUAGUCGUCUCCUGUAGAUCCUCAAUGUACAAAAUCACAGUGAAUUAGCUGUUACAAUCAAUGUCGCACAAAAAGAGGAAUUUACAUCAAUCAAAGCAUCCAUUGAAAUCUCACCCCUUUGAGGCAUUUCUCUCUGAUUCAUGGAAAGCUGUGGAACUCAUAAAAAUUGAGGGGGGAACUUCAACCCUACAUUUUAUCAAUAACCAAAACAGAGUUUUGAAGAAAGGUCCUGAUUCAGACAUUCGGAUAAGGUCAAGAAAAGCUACUCUAUCAGAUUGCUCCUGUUUUCUAAGACCUGGAAUUGAUGUAUGUGUGUUAUCAUGCUCUCAACAAGAUAAUAGUUCAGGGAAAAUUUGUCUUGAACCUGGGUGGGUUGAUGCUAGAAUAAGAUCUGUACAGAGAAAGCCCCACGUAUCUGAGUGUUCAUGUGAAUAUUUUGUCAACAUCUAUGUUAAUCAAGGUUGUUAUGAUCCAGAGAUGAGAAUUCUUAAUAAGGAGAUUAAAGUGGUUGGAAUAAAUCAAAUAUCCAUCCUUCAGAAGCUUGAUAAUCCCUGUGAAGAUCAGCAUUACCGCUGGGAUUUAUCUGAGGAUUGCUUUGAAGCACGAAAGACUAAAUUGUUUUUGGGAAAAUUCUUAUCUGAUGUUUCAUGGUUAGUUGUUGCAUCAGUUUUAAAGCAGGUCUCAUUCUGUAUAAGAUCUGUAGAAAGCAAGAUUGUGUAUCAAAUUUUGGGACGUGAAUGUUCUAGCUCUUCAUUGAACUAUAAUUCUCUUAAACAUGUAAAUUUCAGAGUAGACAACGGGAUGUCAGUACCCAUUAUUUCUCAAGUCUUUCCAUCUGACAACAAUAAGGUAGACCAAACAAAAGUUACAUAUGAAGAUGAGAUCUCACCAAUUUCUCACAUUGAGGGCUUACGGCGUUCCAAACGUCGUAACAUAGAACCUGAACGCUAUCUUGGUUAUGAUGAUGUCUCUAAGUUGGAUUUUGGUCAUGUUCGAACCAGUUUACCCAAGUCCAACACGAGAAACAACGGUGACAAAGAUGAUGUUGAUUUACUGGCAAAUUGUCUAGAAAAGGACAUAGAUGCUUGUCAAAAUAUUAAGACAAAUACCUGCCAGGAGGUCCUAGCGAACAACAGUAGGACUGCAAGUGGGAAGGUGGGGUUAGAUAAUGUUGAUAAGAAAGGUCAUGAGACUCAACUUGCUAGUGAUUCUCUGCCUGGCGGAGGUGGUCCAGUGGCCCUUGACCAUUCUUUUGUCAAUACCAUUAGUACUGGAAAUUCUGGGCAUGAAAAUUGUGUCGUUUCUGAAUAUAAUCACCAGAUUCAUAGCCCUAAACUGAACAGGAAAAUUGUUGAUCCAUGGACAUUUGAUCCCUAUGAUCAUCAAUCAAAAGUUCCUGAUCCCGAAAAUUCUGCAAUCAAGAUUGAUGAUAAAUCUUCUUCACGUUAUUACUUUGGUACGUGUAAUGUCCAGCGGAAGGAUUUAUCUGGCCUGGAGGACAUGGAUAUUGAAAAGAGGUGGGAAGGGAUACAUUCCAAUAAAGAAAUUCAAGAAAAAAAAUAUCAUUCACCAAUGACAAGAAGUAAAAGUCGUGGGAAAGAAAGAACUUACAAAGACAAAUCCUCUGGUGAUGCUGAAAAUUCUGCAAAAGAGAUUGGUGAUAAAUCUUCUACAGGUUAUUGUUUUGAUAGGUGUAAUGUCCAGAGGAGGGAUUUAUCUGGUCUGGAGGACAGGGAUACUGAAAAUAGAUGGAAUGGGAUCCAUUCCGAUAAGGAAAUUCAAGGGAAGAAAUAUAACUCGCCAAUGACGAGAAGUAAUAGUUGUGUGGAAGAAAGAACUUACAAAGGCAGAUCCUUAAGUGACGCUGAAAAUUCUGCAAAAGAGAUUGGUGAUAAAUCUUCUAAUAUCCAGAGGAAGGAUUUACCUGGUCUGGAGGACAAGGAUGCUGAAAAUAGAGAGGAAGAGAUGCAUUCCAAUAAAGAAAUUCAAGGGACAAAAUAUCAUUCACCAAUGACCAGAAGUAGAAGUCGUGGGGAAGAAAGAACUUACAAAGAAAGAUCCUUAAGUGAUGCUGGAAAUUCUGCAAAAGAGGUUGGUUGUGGUGAUAAAUCCUCUAGAUGUUAUUAUUUUGGUACCUGUAAUGUGCAAAGGAAAGAUUUACCUGGUCUUAAGGAGGUGGAUUCUAGAAAUAGAUGGGAAGGGAUAUGUACCAAUGAAGGAAUUCAAGGGAAAAAAUAUUAUUCACCAAUGGCAAGAAGUAAAAGUUGUGGGGAAGAAAGAAUUAAGGAAGACGGAUCCUUGAGUGAUGCUGGAAAUUCUGCAAAAUCUUCUAGAGGUUAUUGUUUUGGUACCUGUAAUGUGCAGAGGAAAGAUUUAUCUGGUCUGGAGGGCAUGGAUACUGAAAAUAGAUGGGAAGGGAUAUGUUCCAAUAAAGAAAUUCAAGGUAAAAAAUCUCAUUCACCAAUGGCAAGAAGUAAAAGUCACGGGGAAGAAAGAACUUACAGAAACAGAUCCUUGAGUGAUGCUGCCUGCAAGGAAUUGAUAGAUUUUUACUUAAAGAAUACUGACACGGCGCCAAAUAAGGGGGGGCCGCCUAUAAAUAACCAGUGGGUAGAAUUUAAGGCAGCAAGCGACUUUGGGCAAAACAGGGGAGCAGAAGCUGAUGGAGAAGUUUCUGAAAUUGAUAUGUUAUGGAAAGAAAUGGAAGUUGCAUUAGCAUCAAAUUAUGUUUUUGAUAACACUGAGGUUUCGAAGUCUGCCAUCUUUUCUGAGACUGAGGAAAAUUCCAACGAAGUUUGUCAACACAAGUUUAGAUUGAAUGAAGAAAUUGGGAUUUACUGCUGGGAUUGUGGCUUUGUGAGCACAGAGAUAAAAGACAUCUCACCGCCAUUUGUGCAGAAUUUGGGAUGGCAACAAGAUGAAAAGCAGUGGAAUGCUGAAAAUUUGGAGGCGAGGGCCGAUGAGAAUGAUAGUUUACAUCUUUCCUCAGGUCACACUUCAAUUGAUCCGCCUGUAUCUGAAGAAAAUGAUAUCUGGCGACUGAUCCCCGAACUUACUAGUAAGUUGCAUGACCACCAGAAAAAGGCUUUUGAAUUUCUUUGGAAAAAUAUUACUGGAUUUGUGGAACCAGCCUCUGUGAAAGGUGCAUCUAAAAGAAUAGGUGGCUGUGUGAUAUCUCAUUCACCUGGAGCUGGAAAAACUUUCCUAAUUAUUGCAUUUCUUGCAAGCUACUUGAAGAUGUUCCCAGGAAAGAGACCUUUGGUCCUUGCUCCAAAGACAACACUUUAUACGUGGUACAAAGAAUUUAUCAAAUGGGAAAUUCCUAUUCCAGUGUAUCUGAUUCAAUCUCAACGUAGAGCCCAAGGAGUAUCCAGGGAGAAGUCAGUGGUUAUUCCUGGUGUUCCGAAGCCCACUGGUGAUGUCAGUCAUCUUUUGGACUCUCUGGAAAAAAUAAAGAAGUGGCUUUCGCACCCUAGUGUUCUAGUCAUGAGUUAUACUUACUUUCUUAGGCUGAUGGGAGAGAAUUCAAAGUUUUCACACAGAAGGUAUAUGGCUGAAGUCUUGAGGAAAAGUCCAGGGGUUCUUAUUCUGGAUGAAGGGCACAAUCCUAGAAGUACAGAAUCAUGUUUGAGGAAAGCCUUAAUGAAAGUAGAGACAGAAUUGAGAAUUCUACUUUCAGGUACAUUGUUUCAGAACAAUUUCUGUGAAUACUUCAACACUCUCUGCUUGGCAAGACCAAAAUUUGUUCAUGAAGUGCUGAGAGAAUUAGACCCCAAAUACAGGAGACAAAAAGGUGGAGCUGAAAGAGAACUGAACUUUGUAGAAGCACGAGCCAGAAAAUUCUUCUUAGAUAAAAUUGCAAAGAAAAUAGACUCUGAUAAUAAUGAUGAGAGGCUGCAGGGUCUAAACAUGCUAAGAAAGAUCACAAAUGGAUUUAUAGAUGUUUAUGAAGGUGGAAGUUCUGAUAGUCUUCCUGGUUUGCAUGUUUAUACUUUGUUAAUGAAUAUUACUGAUUGUCAAGAUCAGAUUUUUCGGGUACUCCAUGAGAAAAAAGCCGACUCAAAUCGUUAUCCUAUGGAGGUGGAGCUUUUGGUAACCCUGGCAGCAAUACAUCCGUGGCUAAUCAAAACGGUUGCAUGCUCUGGUAAGUUUUUAGCUGAGGCUCAACUGAGGGAGCUGGAAAAAUGCAAGUUUGAUUUGAAGAUAGGGCCAAAAGUACGGUUUGUUUUGAGCCUUGUAUUUCGUGUCGUCAAGGAGGAAAAGACUCUUGUCUUCUCCCACUACACUGCACCUAUGAGACUGUUUGUAGAACUAUUCGAGAAAUUCUUUGGGUGGCAGAAAGAUCGUGAGGUUUUGGUACUUUGUGGGGAACAAGAUCUCUUUGAACGGGGGAGAGUCAUGGAUAAGUUUGAGGAACCUGGAGGAGCAUCAAAGGUACUCCUUGCGUCAAUUACAGCCUGUUCUGAAGGCAUUAGUCUGACAGCAGCUUCUCGUGUGAUUUUGUUGGACUCGGAGUGGAAUCCAUCCAGAACAAGGCAAGCUAUUGCCCGUGCCUUUCGUCCUGGUCAGCAAAGGAUUGUUUAUGUGUAUCAGCUUUUGGUGACAGGCACAAUGGAGGAACAAAAGUAUAGCAGAACCACUUGGAAAGAGUGGGUUUCAAGGAUGAUUUUUAGUGAGGAUUUUGUGGAGGAUCAAUCCCAAGGGCAAGCAGAAAACCUUGAAGAUGAUAUCCUACAAGAAAUGAUUGCGGAAGACAAGUCUAAAAUAUUCCAUGUGAUAAUGAAAGAUGAGAAGGCUUCAACCAACUGAUGUAAGCUAAAUGCUCUUUUUCCCCAUGCUCUGCAAGUGUGUAAUUUACUUGGGAACUUCCCCGUAAGAAGCAGCAGGGGCCUGCACUUCUCUCGGAAUAUCAGUGGAUUGCUUCGAAAUGCCUAUAUUAUAUUAUUAGUUUGACUCUUUCUCUCUUGGGUAUGGUUAGUCUGACUUUUUCUGUAUAAAUGUGUAAAGAAAAUAAUAUAAUAUUUUAUCAAGCAAUUUGCUCGAGGCUAUUAU